UAAAACGCUAACUCUAUAGAGACCAAACGUUACUGAAGACAGAAAUUCCUACCUCAUUCAUAAUGACACAAGAUUAAACAGGAUAUAUCAUACAUAUGAAUGCAGGCAUGACUUGUACUAUAGCAGGCCUAUUAGAAGGAGAAGUGGACGAUUCUUCAUUUGAAGUUCCAAAUUCAACCGAACGAUUUCUUAGCAUACUUGACAAGAGGAGACUAAAGAGGAAUGUUGAAGAAGAAGCUGAAGUUGAAUGGAGACCGUUUGUUUAGUCCGAUGCUGAAACCGUUGCCGUUCGUGUAGAUAGUUUAAUUAGCAAACUCAAAGGACAGUUUAGCGAAGAGAAGCAGGUCAGAAUGCUGACAGUAAACUCCAGCCAUUAUCAGUACAUUUUUUCCAAUAGCGUGGACUCGUUUCUAAGAUAUCAUGAAAAACCAAAGGUUGAGAUUCAGUAUUCAGAAGCUGAAGAUGCUUUACCAGGAGAGGGUUUGUACAGUUUUGCUGUAAGACCAUCAAAGAUACAGAAACGAAGGAAAGAUACAGCUGACGCUAUAAAACAAGUGCACGUCACUACACUCUCACCGAGUAAACUUCUCGGACCAGGAACUGAGAACGGCCAUGGUCGUUGUGAGAUUAAAGUGAAAUACAGCAGCACACUUCCUUCUAAGCCUGACGACGGAACAUUUAGCGGUACCUGCAGAAAUAAGGUUUAUCCUGUGAUAAAGACCCCUGCAAUUAAUGCCUUUUUGUCCGAACAUACAGCAGCUAAGGAUCUGAACAGUCAUGUAUUAUCUCCAGACAACAACACUAUUUCAGCAUUUGGAACAGUCAGUGGCGUCGUUGUACCACGGACUAACACGAUGUUGACCUUUGGGGAUGAGUUAUCUACCAUCUGUUCGAUAGCCAGAGUGUCACUUCAGUAUUUCUGUUUGUACAAAAGUGUUGGCAGUCCUGUUAUUCCUUUGAUACACAAAUACCACAGAUUUGAAAAAAUCUGCAGCCUCUUUGUACCACAGUGUCAGAGACAAAGGACACUUGCAAACAUCUCUAUUCAAGCAGAAAAAUACAGUUACACAGUACAGUCCGUAUCCAAAACGACAUUAUCAAUAGAAAUCUAUGGUCACACAGUGCCUUCGGUCUGCCAGACAUUUACAACUACAGUCAAAAACAUCCCUGUAUUAGAAUACAUAUGCGACAGUACUCUAAAGAUCAACUACGAUAACCCCAAAAGGAAUGAAGUUCAAAAGACGUCCCAUGAUACCAUCAGCGACGCCAGUGAGGACGAUUCAGCUUUUGGAAUACUGUCUGUCUAUUGCAACAGUGAAAUUCAUUAUAGGUAUGGGAACAUUUCCAAAGCUGAAGUAUAGAUAUAGGUUUCAUAGACAGAGAGGUGAAAAUAAUCUCAAAUUUAAUUUAAUUUGUUAAACUAAAUAGAUUUUGUUUGAAGUCGAA